UACAUACCAAGCGGCUGUCUCAUUUAAACGCGAGUAAUUACCAGGGAAACGGCGAGAGCGUGAGCACGGGAAAGAAGGAGACGCGGGGCUUUUAGAUGCAGCUGUGGCACGGCCUCUUGCUCACUCUUCAGAAACCUGGAGUCCUGCAAAAUCGGCGCUGCUCCCUCAAUUUAACUUUCAACGACCAGACAAAACUUUAAGCACGCCGGUUGCAAAGACGCGGAGAGGCAUACAAGUCUGCUUUGUCACGGGGUUGCUAAAAACACAGUAACAGUGCAAAAGCAGCUAAUAAAAGCUAUUGUUUAAACAGAAUAGACAGGAAGGAAACAAACAUAAAGACAGAUAGGGGAGAAUCUGUCAUUAUGCCAUGCUUGCCGUUAUGCUGCCUGUGCGCUGCUUUAGCGCUGAUGCCUGUCCAGAUAGGCGCCCUCAGUGAAGACAGUGACAUCGACGUGCUAAUCCUUUUACCCAAAGACACCUCAUACUUGUUCUCCAUUCCCAGGGUCAAACCAGCUAUAGAAUACAUACUGGACAGAAUCAGGGGCAACGAGAGUCUCCAUUCAGGAUUCACUUUCAAGGCGCGCUAUGAGAACUCCAAUUGCGGCAAUCAAGCCCUGUUCACCCUGGUGGAGCUGUCCUUCAAGAGGAAGCCCGACGUGAUCCUGGGACCUGUGUGCGAAUACGCGGCCGCACCGGUCAUUCGGUUGGCGUCCCACUGGAAUAUUCCAGUCAUCUCGGCAGGUGCACUGGCUUCGGGCUUUGCCAGCAAGAGCCCUGAGUACACGCAUCUGACUCGAGUGUCACCCUCUUAUCGCAAGAUGGGGGAGACUUUCAAGGCAAUGUUCCGCUUCUUCGACUGGAAGAGAGCCUUAUUCAUCUACGACGACGACAAUAUGGAAAGGAACUGCUAUUUUGCUACUGAAGGGGUGUACGGUGCACUGGACGAGGAUGGCCGCCACACUGUCACACAUAAGAUCGAUUCCAGGUACCACGUUGACGUGGACGAGAUCAUCAAGCUGAUUCAGGACAGCGCGAGUGUUGUGGUGAUGUGUGCCACCAGCAACAUUAUCCGAGAGAUUAUGCUGGCUGCUCAUCGGUGGAGAAUGACUAAUGGAGACUAUGCUUUCUUUAACAUUGAAUUGUUCAACAGCACGUCUUACGGGAAUGGAUCCUGGAAGAGAGGGGAUAAGUAUGAUGCAGAAGCCAAGCAGGCUUAUGCCUCCCUGAAGACUGUCACCUUGCUGAGAUCUGUCAAACCCGAAUUUGAAAACUUUUCAACAGAAGUGAGGAAGUCAUUACAGAAACUGAAACUUGAUGACGAAGAUAACUCUGUGAACAUGUUUGUUGAAGGAUUCCAUGAUGCAUUGCUGCUUUAUGCCUUGGCCUUGCAUGAAGUCUUAAAGAAUGGUUAUACCAGAAAGGACGGAGACAAAAUUGUGCAGCAGAUGUGGAACAAAACAUUUGAAGGCAUUGCAGGCCAGGUGUCUAUAGACUCAAAUGGUGAUAGAAAUGGAGAUUUCUCUGUGAUUGGCAUGACGGAUCCUGAAGCAGGCACUCAUGAGGUACUUGCUAACUACUAUGGAUUAAAUGAAAGCUUUGAACUUCAACCCAGAGCAAAAACUGGGCACUUCUUUCAAAGGCUACCUUCAGUGGAGAUAUAUCCUGGAGAAUCGGCCAUCCCUUGUAAAUCAUCAGGUGGUCUCGGAGAAUCAGCUGUUACUGGCAUUGUUGUAGGAGCUCUACUUGGGACUGCAUUACUUAUGGCUUUCUACUUUUUCAGAAAAAACUACAGAAUUACAAUUGAGAGGCGAAUCCAGCGAGAAGAAUGCAACAUUGGGAAGCAUCGCCAGCUGAGAGAAGACUCAAUUAGAUCUAAUUUCUCAACAGCAUAGAAAUGACAAAGGAAAUGCUUGUUAUCCCACCAAGCGUCUGAAGGGAUGUGACCAAAGACUUUGUAGGCUGUUGAAGACGUCCUGUUAUUUAAGAAGUUAAAAAAAAAAAAAGUUGUUUUUUAAUCUCAAUUUCUUUGACAUUCACACACUCAGGAAAGUUGUAUUGAUUAUAUGGUGUAACUUAAUGGCAUAUCAUCUCUGUAGAGACAAGGGUAUAAUUUAACUGUCUAAAGCUUUUUAAAAGGUAAUUUUGAGUUUUGGGUAGUAACAUUUCCUGUCAUUGCAAGUAUACAUUCCAUACGAAUAUGCGUUCUUGAGUACAUAAUUGUGUUAUUUGAAGUACCAAGAAUUAGACUCGUAGUCAGUUACAAAUGCGAGGGAUAUAUUUUUAUAUAUAAAAAUUAAUUUUAGAAAGCUGAAGGCAAUGUUUUCUUGUUUUGUUAGCAAGGCAUCCUUUACCCAGAUAAUCAAUAGCAUGUCUUGUAAACAAGCGAAUGUAAUGUUUAUAGAUUAACGUUUCUGACAAAAGAAUGUAGACUUAUGGUAAAUCAUAUUUACAUAAAUUUAAAGCAUAGCAGGGACUAAUACACGUCACAUGCUCACCAACGAAGAAUUCAAAGGAGGAGCAUUUUCGUUUUUGUGGAAAAAAAAAUUGAUAAUGGAAUACAAAAUAAUUUGUUCUACCAUUGUCUGAGAAAUCCAUGCUAAAUACUGUAUCUUAGUCCAAGAUAAAAGUUUUAUGUUUAAAGGGCAUUCUUUGUCUGUGGCAAAAAAAUGUAUACUUAAUCACAA